AUUUUUAUGAAGCCUGACUUUGCUUUGGAGAACCCAGCCACCUUCAACACUGUCCUGCCCUGGUCUCACUUUCACAGUGCAGGAGGGAAGAGCAGCAGAGAUGGGGCCUCCUCCAAACUGCUGCAGGAAAAGCUCAGUCACUACCUGGAUGUUGUUGAGGUCAGCAUUGCUCAGCAGAUCUCGCUGCGUUCCGAGGCUUUUUUCCACGCCAUGUCCUCACAGCAUGAGCUACAGGACCGGCUGCAGGAGACCCAGCAGGCCGUGGCUUUUCUGCGGAGCCGAACAGCAGCCAUGGACCGAGUCAUGUGCCAGGGGCCUCUGUGGCUCCUCCACUCUUCUCUGACUCAGAACAACUGUGUGAAACUGCACAACAAGCUAAAGCUAAUGGCAGUGGUCCAUCAGACACAGCCCACUGUGCAGCUGCUGCUCUCCACCUCAGAGUUUGUUGGAGCACUGGAGCUCAUCGCCACUACCAAGGAGGUGCUUCAGCAGGAGCUUCAGGGCAUCCACAGCUUCAGACAUCUGGGCUCCCAGCUGUGUGAGCUGGAGAGGCUGAUUGACAAGAUGAUGGUGGAGGACUUCAGUAUGUACGCCCGCAGUGAUCUGAACCGAAGUCUAAAGGAGGAGCUGCAGGUGCUUGAAAAGUGUGUGGCAGAUAGUGUUGUGCACAUAGAACAAAUUGACACUGAAGUCGUCUUUAAGCUAGCUGAUCAGAUUCAUCUGAUGACUUUCCCUCAGUGGUUUGAGCUGCUGAAAAAUGUCUUUGAGUGUUUCCUCCUGUUCCUGCAGAGGAUCAAGGCCACAUUAAACAUUAUCAGAAACGUGGUUCUGGAAGUUUUGGCCUCCAACCAGAAGAACCGGCUCCCUACAGAGGCCAGAUCAGGAAAACCAUGUGAAGAAGCCUCCCAGGUCUCGGUGGUCCUGCAGGGGGAGGCUGAGCUAUCUUACCUGACCCAUGAGGGAAUGUUCAUCAGUGACGCAUUAAAUGAAGCACUGCAACAGGACGCUGGGUUGGUGGGCCACCAUCAGAACUCCACAUCGGGCUUCAGGACCCAGACAGGCCGAGCAGAGGGUGCUGACAGUAACCCACCCUCUGGGGUCACAGAGGUCUCUGCUAGCAGAGAGCCGACCUUCAUGUCUGGUGAGAACAUGACGACUACAGAGUUGGAGCUGAAUUGUGUGAUUAGCAACAUCCAAGAUUUGCUGUACAAGGCCUCAGACGUUAGCCAUGAUCGCUGCGUCAAAGUCCUCACAGCCAGGGCCAAGGACGGUUCUCUGGAGCGUCUGAGCUCAACAGAGUUUGUGAGUCUGUCUCAGGCAGUGGAGGGUUUCAUCAGGGACACUGAGGAGUUGUGUGGUAGAACCAGACUCUCCCUGAAGGGGGAGCUCCAGAACCAGGCCAAACAUUUUGUUCACCGCUUCCACGAAGAGCGCAAAAACAAACUUGGGUCCAGAUGACCGAAAACCUACAGAGUUUCUGAUUGUUGAUGGACAGAAAUAUGCUGUUGUUGGGACAGUUUUACUGCUGAUUCGGAUGUUUCUAGAAUACUGUCAGUGUGUGAACGACAUCCCAUCCAUCGCCACCGACAUGCUGACACGUCUGUCAGACCUCCUUAAAUACUUCAACUCUCGCAGCUGCCAGUUGGUUCUGGGAGCCGGAGCUCUGCAGGUUGUUGGCCUUAAGACCAUCACUACAAAAAACCUGGCAUUAGCGUCCCGCUGUCUUCAGCUGGUGGUUCACUACAUUCCCAUCAUCAGAACUCACUUUGAGACCAAACUGCAGCCCAAACAGUUCAGUGUUCUCAGACACUUUGACCACAUCACCAAGGACUACAAUGAUCACAUCGCAGAGAUCUCUGCCAAGCUGGUGGCCAUCAUGGACAAUCUGUUUGAGAAGGUUUUAUCAAAGUAUGAAGUGAAGGCUCCAAUGCCUUCAGCCUGCUUCAGAAAUGUCUGCAAGCAGAUAGCAAAGAUGCAUGAAGCUAUUUUUGAUCUUCUGCCUGAAGAACAGACACAUAUGCUGUUUCUGAGGAUUAACGCCAGCUUUAAGAUGCACCUGAAAAGACAGCUGGCACGACUUGGUGUCAUUAAUGAUGGAGGACCACAACAUGGGCUGGUGGUGGUGGAUGUGGCCUUCUACACAGAGAACAUCCAAGCACUGAAGAGCCUCGAACGACUCAGUCUGAACAUGGUUGAGAUCUGGGAACAGAAAAGGUGAUAGAGGACGGAGUCUGGACAUGCAGAACAAAACUCACAAACCAACCCCGAAAUCAGGGGUGACCUCGGCCAACAGCAGCCGGCAGAAGAGGCUGCAUGAGGCUCUGAAUGACCCAAACAAAUUAAACUGGGUGAAGGAGACCAGCAGCAGUGACCUGGAACUUCCAGUUUGAAAAACUUCAUCAGGAAACCGAAAGCCUGCGGCCACUUCACUUUGUGCAAUUAAAGAAAAAUACUAGUAAAGUACUUGAGACUUGUAGUGGGGAGCUGUGGAUAAUGAAAAAGAAAUGGCUGGCUAAUUUAUUUCUGUCCUUUUUUAGAGACAAGCUGUGGUGACAUCUUCCUUCAGCAGGCUGUGAUGAUGAUGAUUCUGAUCAAAAUAAUGAUGAAGGUUGUUUUCUUUUAUUUUUAUACUCACAGGUAAUGUUGUCAGGACUUGUUGUGUUGAAGGAACCUUGAUCCUGAAGAAUUAAACCAUCUAGACUGUGAAAGCAUCACAAACCUUGUCCUGUUAUAAUCAAAGUAAAACACUUUGUGAAGCUUGUCUUUACCGGGCUGAUAGUCUGACACAUGGGAACAAUCUGUUUUUGUGUUUUUGAAACAUGUUAAUGGAUGUGGGGCACAAAGAGCAACCCUUCAUCUUAUGCUGUAGUUCAAGAAGCUUGUUGUUUUUCUGAGGUUGAAAAAACAUAAAAUCAGCUUCUUGUUUUCUAGUUUCUCUAAAGUGUACAGCUGACAGCUGUGAAGACUCACACAGUCCCCAGCAGUUAAAGGGUUAAAGCACAAAGAAAUAAGUGGGAACCAAGACCCAAAAAAAACAAGUUAAUGCUGCAAGAAGUUUAGACAUUACUGAGAAUGUAAAAAAUAAAUCAGGAAAAGCUUUUUGCAUUGAUCAGCUCCUGUGUGCUUAUUGGGAAACUGAACACCAAGCUUUAUCUAAAAUCUUCAAACAUUGGAUUUGUGUGCUUGGUUUUAAUGAAUGAAAGCUGUUUGGUCUGUGCUCCAGUCUGAACACAUCAAAGUGUGAAGAUGUUUCCUUUCUUCAGAAGACUCCAGAGCUGUAAACUCAUAAAACAUUUGGUAAUAGUUUAUGUCUUAUCUGACUGAACCAGGGCAUGAACGUACAGCCUCAAGAUUAUAAGAGUGCAACACACCACUGGAGCUCACAAGGUCUUACAGUUCAUCUCCCAGUAUGAACUGAGUUAGUGGAUUUCCUGGAACCACAGAGCUUCUUUCAACCCUAACUAGGUUUAGAGGUACGGUGUGACUUAGGUUCUGGUUAGGGUAAAGAAUAGACCAGUAAUGAUUAGGGUUGUGGAAAAAGUUUGGGUCAGGCAGCAUGUACCAGAGUCCAGGUGUGGAGUUAUUAACUGCUGUGAAUAAAAACAGUGAUGGAGCAACUUGUUGAAUCAUUUUUAACUUCCAGUUGAUGUUUUCAGUCUGAAUUUCCACAUGAAUAAAUUCAGUCAACAAAAAGCAGA